ACAGAAAUAUUUGUACAUUUUUUUCCCUGGAUCUGUUUAACUGUAAAACCUGUAAGGUUUAAGUGACGUCCCAGUGGAGGUAGCGCACAGGACACAGGAAGAGUCUGAACAUAACGUAAGACCAUGGCAGCACGCUGGAGAAGAAUCCUGAUAAUAUUUGUGGCAGCUCAAGUACUAUUUGUGGUAAAUACCUUUGAGGAAGAGGAUGUACCCGAAGAAUGGAUUCUUCUUCAUGUUGUUCAAGGUCAGAUUGGAGCAGGAAACUACAGCUACUUGAGACUGAAUCACGAGGGAAAGAUAGUACUUCAGAUGCGGAGUUUAAAAGGUGAUGCGGACUUGUACGUAUCUGACAUGACGCUUCACCCCAGCUUUGACGAGUAUGAGUUACAGUCCGUAACUUGUGGCCAAGAUGUUGUCCACGUACCCGCACACUUCCGCCGCCCGGUGGGAAUAGGGAUUUACGGUCAUCCCUCUCACCUGGAGAGCGAGUUCGAAAUGAAAGUCUACUACGAUCGAACAGUUGUACAGUAUCCGUUUGGCGAGGCUUCUUACAACCCCGAGGAGAUGGAGGCAAACCAGAAAUACUCGCAGUCCACAGAAGAUGAAUCUCAGGAUGAGGAAUCUGUUUUCUGGACUAUACUUAUUGGAAUCUUGAAAUUAAUACUUGAAAUUCUUUUUUAAAUUGAUACACACUGGACUAAAUCACACUUCAGCCUGUGAAAUUGAACAUGAACGACUUGCUGUAAUAUUUAAUACUCUUUGUAAUGUUUCCUGAAGAGGUAUUCAGGUUACUUUUCCUAAACCAGAAAGGAAGUGGGGGAAAAAGCCAUAUUUAAUUUUAUAUUGUCAAUCCUCCCCGUAUGUAAAAUGAGCAGCAAGCACAGUAUUUGCAGUGUUCUUCAGAGAUCAGGGUUUA